GCAGGCGGCAGCUCCAUAUAAUACCCACCUCCUCCUGAACCAUUUCUUCCAUUCACUGCACCGCCAACACAAAAAAAAAUCUCUGUGAAUUUCUAUUUAUUCCUUCAAUCAAGCCCUAGAUGGGAAUCAUCGCUUGAUCGUGUUCCUGUUCUCGGUUGAUUUUAUCGAUCGAAUUGGGAAAUCUCGUGAGAUGGCGGGUUCUGCUAGAGAGAAGCAUAUCCGAGCUAAUCGGAGGAGCCGGGCGGUGAAACCGGAAUCCGAUCGAUCCUCAAGUGCAAACAACAAUGUUAAUCUGGAAAAUUCCGGGAGUACUAAAAUUGGAAACAACACUAAAAAUCCCCAGCCUUCUCUUAGUUUGUUCUCUCAGAACCCAGCGUCAGUGUCUGAUACGGACCCGAAUGCCGUGUUUGAUGAUAAUGGGUGGGGUUACUGCACCGAGGAACAGUUAGAGGAGAUAUUGCUGAAGAACUUGGAAUUUUUAUAUACUGAGGCUAUAAAUAAGCUUAUUGGACUAGGUUACAGUGAGGAGGUGGCCUUGAAGGCCAUUUUGAGGAAUGGGCAUUGUUAUGGUGGAAUGGAUGUCUUGACUAAUAUCUUGCAUAAUUCUUUGGCUUAUCUGAAUAGCAGUGGCGAUGGUGGAGGGAGUAAUGAGGAACCCAAUCCAUCAUUUUCCGACUUGAAGCAGCUGGAGGAGUACUCACUUCAAGGAAUGGUAUGCUUGUUGCAACAAGUUAAGCCUCAUUUGAGCAGGGGGGAUGCUAUGUGGUGCCUGCUUAUGAGUGAUCUACAUGUUGGCCGUGCGAGUGUCAUGGAAAUUCCUGUUCUUCCAUCCCCAAAUGGUGGUGGGAGUGGGAGUGGGUCUGGGGGUGCCUCUACAAGUGAUUCCGGGAGCCAGGAGGGCGGUAUUACUAGUGGGGGGCCUGUUGGUGUUGCUCCAUCAAUGUGUCGGUUUCAUGGUGGCUGGGGGUUUGGUAACAGUGGGACAUCUGAGUUCCCAAUGAGUGGGGCGAAUGGAUUCCUCUCAUAUGCAUCGGAAAUGACUCUACAGAGGGAGAUUGAAUGUCCGAAGAGAUUUAACAUUAGUCCAUCAAUGAAGGAUCUAUUAAAGAGGAAUGUUGCCAUGUUUGCGGCAGGAUUUAAGGCGAAUUCAAAGAAGUUUAACAGCCAAUCACAGGCUUGUCCGAGUUCCUUGUCUGUUGGGAAUUCACCUGAUCAGCAUGGAACACCUGCUGCUGUUUCAGUGGGGCAUGGAAAGGAAUCCCAUAAUGUGAAGAAGCAAGAUGUAGUAAAUUCAGUGAUGAGUAAGUUUCGGGAAUUGAAUCUUGAUGAGAAUCUAGAACAAGCAUCUGCAGAUCAGAAAGAUGAAAUGAUUUUGACUUUGAUCCAUCAGUUAAGGGAAUUAGAUAAACAGGUUAAAGAACGUAAAGAAUGGGCCCAUCAGAAGGCAAUGCAAGCUGCAAGAAAACUUAGUCAUGAUUUGACCGAACUUAAGACGUUGAGAAUGGAGAGAGAGGAGACGCAGCGACUUAGAAAAGGGAAACAAGCCCUUGAAGAGACUUCUGCAAAGAGGAUUGCUGAGAUGGAAAAUGCGCUGAGGAUUGCAAAUACUCGAGUAGACCGAGCUAAUGCUGCUGUUAGGAAGCUUGAGAUUGAGAAUGCUGAAAUUCGAGCGGAAAUGGAGGCAUCUAAAUUAAGUGCAUCUGAGUCAGUUGCUACCUGUUUGGAAGUGGCAAAGAGGGAGAAAAAAUGUCUUAAGAAGCUUUUGGCAUGGGAAAAGCAGAAAAGUAAAAUGCAGGAAGACAUUGCAAGUGAGAAACAGAAGCUUGCAGAGUUGCAGCGGGAGUUAGCUCAAACUGAGGCGGCCACUAAGAAAAUGGAGGCAAAGUACAGGCAAGAACAGAAGAAUAAAGAACAGGCUCUUGCACAGUUGGAGGAGGAACAACGCCUUAAAGAAGCUUCUGAAGUCAAUAACAAAAGAAGGCUCGAGGCGGUGCGCCUGAAGAUAGAAAUAAAUUUCCAGCGCCACAAAGAUGAUCUCCAGCGUCUUGAACAAGAAUAUGCUCGCCUCAAAGAAUCCGCACAGGCACAGGCGGAAAACCAAUCCGAUCAAGUCUGGACUGCAAAUGCCAAUGGCAUACCCCAGCAAGGAGAAAGCAUUGCGAGGCUGCUACAUGAACUUGAUCAGUUGGAGAACUCUCAAGAAAAGAAGGUCAGCAGUGACAGGGAUUGCAUUCUUUGCAGGAAAGAUGAAGUCUCAGUGGUGUUCCUUCCUUGUACCCAUCAAGUCAUAUGCGCAAACUGUAAUGACAACUAUGGCAAAAAAGGUAAAGCAGCAUGUCCAUACUGCCGGGUUCCAAUUGAACAAAGGAUUCGAGUCUAUGGCGCCUCCUCUUAGGCAUAUAUCCAGAAAUGAACAAAAAGGUAUGUCCCAGAACCCCCCCUCUUUGCUGGAAGAUACAUGAACUUCCUUUAUUUUAGAGACUUCAUGUUUGUUAGUAUAUAAAUAAAACCUACAAACGGGCUUCCAGCUUCCCCGUUUGCUCCGUAUAGGACAUACUUUCCCAUAUGUUAUGUACCCCGAUGUUGUGUGUAUGCCGAAGAGAAACUACCUUUAUUUUGAGAAGCUGACUGCUAUUUCAGACAUUAUAGUAUGGAUAUCCUAUGGGGUUACCUGGAUUUAGAACA